GCGGGCCGCAGCCGGGCGGGGUGUGCCUGGACGCGCGGCGGCAGGCCAAAGCAAUCGAGGCCAGAGCAUGCGGCGGCGCCUGGUGCACCUGGACCUGAAGGGCGCCGCGCCGCGCGCGCAGUACCUGGAGCAGGUGCUGCCGCUGCUCCACACCCUGGGUGCCACCGGGCUGCUGCUGGAGUAUGAGGACACCUUCCCGUACACGGGCCCGCUGGAGCUGCUGCAGGCCCCCCACGCCUACAGCCCCGCGGAGCUCCGGGCGCUGCUGAGCCAGGCACGGGCGCAGGGCCUGGACGUGGUGCCCCUGGUGCAGAGCUUCGGGCACAUGGAGUUUGUGCUGAAGCACAGGGAGUUUGCUCAUCUGCGGGAGGUGAAGGCGCUGCCCAACGCCCUGAACCCGCACAAGGAGGAGUCACUGGCACUGGUCAAAGCCAUGAUUGACCAGGUCAUGGCCCUGCACGAGGACUUGCAGUGGUUUCACAUCGGAUGUGAUGAGGUCUACUACCUUGGUGAAGGAGAAGAGUCAAAGCAGUGGCUGCAGCAGCAAGACAACACCCCAGAGAAGCUGUGCUUGUCCCACAUAAAAGCAGUUGCCACUUGUUUGGCCUCGUCUUACCCCAUGGUGACACCCAUCGUGUGGGACGACAUGCUCAGGGGGAUGAGUGAGGACGCACUGGCAGAGUCCGGGCUCCCACAGCUGGUGCAGCCGAUGAUCUGGGACUAUGCAGCAGACAUCGACGUGGAGGGCAAAGUGCAGCUCAUUGAGAAGUACCGCAGGUGUGGCUUCUCCAAGGUGUGGUUUGCAAGUGCCUUCAAGGGAGCCACGGGGGUGAAUCAGUCCCUGACACUGCUGGGGCACCACCUGAGGAACCAGCUGGAGUGGCUGCAGGUGGCCAGCAGGAGCCCUGCUGGUGUCCUGGAAGGGAUCGCGCUCACCGGCUGGCAGAGGUAUGAUCACUUCUCUGUUUUGUGUGAGCUUCUCCCUGUGGCAAUUCCAUCACUGGCCCUGUGUCUGCAGGCACUAAAGAAUGGUGGCUAUUCUGAAAAGGUUAAAGAAAAUGUGGAAAAGCUCCUGGGAAUGUCUAACUUGGAAAUUGAUACUUUCAUGAGCACAAGUCUGGGGACCUUUCCUGGGAGCAAUAUCCUCACACUUGUGACACAAGUUAGUUUCUACCUCAAGUCAUCAGUGGAUGAACUUCUUGAAAAGAACAGGUAUGUCACAGGCUGGUUCAGCCCCUACCACAGGAAAAGGAAGAUUCUUCAUCCCAUCAUAAUGCACCACUUCCAGCCAGAUGCAGUCAGUCUCCUCUCCAAGUGGAAUGCUGUGGUGCAAGACCUCCAAGCAGCCAUGGAGCCAGUUUUCCACAGGUGUGCUAUAGAGGAAUGGAUGGAGGAGAAUGUCCACCCCAGCCUACAGAAGCUGCAGCAAGUGGUGGAUGAUUUAGAUGAAGCAAUAAAAGCACAAAAUUAGGGGCAUUUCAUUUAGUCUUACUCAUUCCUGGGGAAAUCAUGGCUGGUGAAAAUCAGCAACUAGUUCUUGAGCUGGAGUGUGUCAUCUUGAGAGCUGAAGCAUGAACUAAGGGUAAACAAAAGUGACCUGAAGGCAUGAAGGAAUUUAUUAACAUAAACCACUUCAACUCAAUUUUCCUGUCUUAAUACAUGCUGAGCUUUAAUUCACCUGCCUGUAAGUCAGGUUUGCUCCCUUGCAAAAUAAAAUGCACAAGUGAGUCACAGCUCAAGGCAGCAGAAAAACCCAGUUUCUUCCAAAUUCAGGAUUUGUAGCAACACACUCCUCCAUAACAAUGACCUGGGAAAGUUCUACCUUAAUAUUUAGGAUACUUUAAAACUGUUUGGGUCAUUAUAUUCUGUACCAUAACUCCUGCCCCUGUUCUGAGUUGUGUCAAGAGGGAGCUCCUGAGGGAAAACUGCCCUAAGGCUGCCAGAGCAGCAGCUGAGCUGGGCACAGCCUCAUCCCCACAGGACAGCACCGCCCCACUCACUGAGGCAUCCCUUUAGCUGUGUGAAACCUGGAACUGCAACCUGCACUUUAGAGGUUUGUCCCAGUUUGAGCCAUGAUGAAAGCUACUAAAUAUAAAGAAAAAAUGCUGGUUUGUUCUGCUUUAGUAUCAAACUUGUCAUAAUGUAUAGAAAUAUAUAUUGGGGACUUUAAUGGAGAAUUGAGAUACUCACCAAAAUGGAAAUAAUUCAGAAGUAUGGUAGUUAAGUAUGUUACUCCACCCUGAAUAUUCAAAAUAUUUAUUUUUGUGCUUCAUGUAUUCCUUUCUUUAAAUUUUUUUGGAAACACCAGUAUUGAAAUUUUCUUGGAACAAAUCUUGAUAUACAGAAAGUAAAACUACAGCAUAAGAGAAGCUUGAGCUGACACAAUGAGAGUCAAUAAAUCGGUCCACAUGCAGAUCUUUAUCUAAAAAGAACCAAUUGCUAUGUAUACCUGUCACAUAGCUUGAACUAAACAAAAUCUUAAUUUAUUUUACUUGAAUAAAACCUUUGAUACUCAAA